CUCCCUCUCCUCUUCUCCCUCUGCCUUAUAAGCCUGAGCGUGUGUGUAUCGAAGCUCCACUUUUGCUCUGAGCUGUACACCUCAUCUCCGUGGCAACAUGCUGUGGAACCUGCUCGCCCUGACCGCUGCUCUCACAUGUGUGAGUGCUGUUACCACGGUGACACAGAGGCCUGAUGUUCUGACUGUGAGGAGAGGAGAGACGGCCUCCAUGGACUGUAACCUGGGCAAUGUUACUAAGCAUGCUAGUGAAUGGUACAAACAGAUUCCUGAAACAAGUCCCAUACCUGUUGUCAUAUAUGGCUGGGGCUUCGCUGCAAAAUAUGGUCCUGGGUUUUCAGCUCCUAAAUUCACACCGAGCCAUCAGUCUUUAAAUCAGAUUAUCAGUGGAGUCACUGUGGUAUUCGGACAAGGCACCAAGCUCAUUGUGAACGAUGUGGCCCCUGCUCCUGUCCUGACUGUGCUCCCCCCCUCCCUCACACAGCUCCAGUCCAGCAGAGUCUCUCUGCUCUGUGUGUCUCAUCAGAGGGGGCCCUUUGCUCAGGUGACCUGGUUGGUUGAUGGGACUCCAGUGAACAGUGGGGUCUGGAGCAGCAGCAGCGCUGUGCAACAACCAGACCAGAGCUUCUACAUGAGCAGCUCUCUGUCCAUCAACACGACCGACUGGAGCACCCAUAAGGUGUACACAUGUAGGGUGUCUGUGGGCACCCACAGCUCAGAGAGGCACAUCAGCAAAUGCCAGUGUGGAGAAGAGUCUGAGUAGUCCCAGGACCUGGCCCUCUGUGUCCUCUCAUACAUGCUAAAGUCUAUGUUGUACCGUUCUGCCUUUACAAUAAAUCAAAUUACAAAAGUA